CGGAAAGCUCCGAGGAGGAGCCUGGCGCCGCCAUUUUCCUGCAGCUGCCUGUCCCUCUUACCCUGCCUGGCUCCAGCUGACCAGGGAAGGGGUGGGCUGAACUGAGGCGGGGGCAAGGGAGUGCCCGACAUCGUGUCCGACCUCGCGGGUGACACGAGCCGGUUCUCUCCGGGCUGGGUGGCAGCGCGCGGCCCUGAGCCCCGCCCCAGGCCGGCAGGCGGGGAAGAAGCCGGUGGGGGUAGGGGGUGCGGUGGGGGGUGGGGACCCUCCGACGCUUGGGGGUCCCAGUCCCCGCCGGCUGCCGAGCGGGAGGGGUGGUGGAGGAGCCGCAGAGAUGUCCGGCCAGAGCCUGACGGACCGUAUCACCGCCGCCCAACACAGUGUCACCGGCUCCGCCGUAUCGAAGACAGUAUGCAAGGCCACGACCCACGAGAUCAUGGGGCCCAAGAAAAAGCACCUGGACUACUUAAUUCAAUGCACAAACGAGAUGAAUGUGAACAUCCCACAGUUGGCAGACAGUUUAUUUGAAAGAACUACUAACAGUAGUUGGGUGGUAGUCUUCAAAUCUCUCAUUACAACUCAUCAUUUGAUGGUGUAUGGAAAUGAGCGUUUUAUUCAGUAUUUGGCUUCAAGAAACACGUUGUUUAACUUAAGCAAUUUUUUGGAUAAAAGUGGAUUGCAAGGAUAUGACAUGUCUACAUUUAUUAGGCGGUAUAGUAGGUAUUUAAAUGAAAAAGCAGUUUCAUACAGACAAGUUGCAUUUGAUUUCACAAAAGUGAAGAGAGGGGCUGAUGGAGUUAUGAGAACAAUGAACACAGAAAAACUCCUAAAAACUGUACCAAUUAUUCAAAAUCAAAUGGAUGCACUUCUUGAUUUUAAUGUUAAUAGCAAUGAACUUACAAAUGGGGUAAUAAAUGCUGCCUUUAUGCUCCUGUUCAAAGAUGCGAUUAGACUGUUUGCAGCAUACAAUGAAGGAAUUAUUAACCUGUUGGAAAAAUAUUUUGACAUGAAAAAGAACCAGUGCAAAGAAGGUCUUGACAUCUAUAAGAAGUUCCUGACUAGGAUGACAAGAAUCUCAGAGUUUCUCAAAGUUGCAGAGCAAGUUGGAAUUGACAGAGGUGAUAUACCAGAUCUUUCACAGGCCCCCAGCAGUCUUCUUGAUGCUUUGGAACAACAUUUAGCUUCUUUGGAAGGAAAGAAAAUUAAAGAUUCUACAGCUGCAAGCAGGGCGACAACACUUUCCAAUGCAGUCUCUUCCCUGGCAAGCACUGGCCUAUCUCUGACCAAAGUGGAUGAAAGGGAAAAACAGGCAGCAUUAGAAGAAGAACAGGCUCGUUUAAAAGCUUUAAAGGAACAGCGCCUAAAAGAACUUGCAAAGAAACCUCAUACCUCUUUAACAACUGCAGCCUCUCCUGUGUCCAUCUCAGCGGGAGGGAUAGUGACUGCAGCAGCCAUCGACAUAUUUUCUACCCCUAGUUCUUCUAACAGUACAUCAAAGCUGCCAAAUGAUCUGCUUGAUUUGCAACAGCCAACUUUUCACCCAUCUGUACAUCCUAUGUCAUCUGCUUCUCAGGUAGCAAGUACAUGGGGAGAUCCUUUCUCUGCUACUGUAGAUGCUGUUGACGAUGCCAUUCCAAGCUUAAAUCCUUUCCUCACAAAAAGUAGUGGUGAUGUUCACCUUCCCAUUUCUUCAGAUGUAUCCACUUUUACUACUAGGACACCUACUCAUGAAAUGUUUGUUGGGUUUACUCCUUCUCCAGUUGCACAGCCACAUCCUUCAGCUGGCCUUAAUGUUGACUUUGAAUCUGUAUUUGGAAAUAAAUCUACAAACGUUAUUGUAGAUUCUGGGGGCUUUGAUGAACUAGGUGGACUUCUCAAACCAACAGUGGCCUCUCAGAACCAGAGUCUUCCUGUUGCCAAACUUCCACCUAAUAAAUUAGUAUCUGAUGACUUGGAUUCAUCUUUAGCCAACCUUGUGGGCAAUCUUGGCAUUGGAAAUGGAACCACUAAGAAUGAUGUAAAUUGGAGUCAGCCAGGUGAAAAGAAGUUAACUGGAGGAUCUAACUGGCAACCAAAGGUUGCACCAACAACUGCUUGGAAUGCUGCAACAAUGAAUGGCAUGCAUUUUCCACAAUACGCACCCCCUGUAAUGGCCUAUCCUGCUACUACACCAACAGGCAUGAUAGGAUAUGGAAUUCCACCUCAAAUGGGAAGUGUACCUGUAAUGACGCAACCAACCUUAAUAUACAGCCAGCCUGUCAUGAGACCACCAAACCCCUUUGGCCCUGUAUCAGGAGCACAGAUACAGUUUAUGUAACUAGAUGGAAGAGAAUGGAAUUACUCCAGAAAGACAAGUGCUCAAGCAGCAAAUCCUUACUUCCGGCGAAAUCCAAACUGCUGUCUCUUAAACUCUCCUCUUCCAUUAGAAUGCUACAGUAACCCAGUGAAGGCCCAUGAAGGAAAUUGGGACUAGUUUGUAGGAGAAUGUAUCAAUACAGUUUAUAAAACCAAGAAUUGCCAUGAUUUAAGACUUAAGAUCUGUCUUUUUGGUGACUAACCCUUCAGUUCUUUCAACUCCUAUUAAUACCCAUAAUACCCAAGAAAAGCCCUUAUUUGGAAAGUGUGAAUUUGUAUUUGGAAAUGCUGCCUGGAGAGAAGAGCUGUGUCCUUUACUGUAAUUCAACAGGACUCUUUUUGGGGGGAUAAAGAUCAAAAUUCUUAAUUAUGUAUUAUCUUUCUUUUCUCCAGUCCUCACAGAUACAGAAACAGUAACUGAAAUUAACUUUUCUUUUUAAAAAAAUAUAUUCAGUUUGCAGUAGACAUUCCUUAAGUAUUUGUAUUUAUUUAUGAUUAUCAAUUUUACGUAACAUUAAUAUUGUAUCAAACCUCCUUAAGAAAAUGAGUAUGGAUGUACACAGUAUGUUUGAUUUUUAUCCACAAGAAUGAAUCUGAUUUAGAAUGCUUUUCAGCUGACAUACAGAGCACUAAAUAUUUCAAGGCAAGUCCAUAGGUCUGAGUCUCUUAAGAAUUCUCUGUCUCUAUGGGAUUUAGGGAAUCAUUAUAAAUGCAUUAAUCCUUAUAGUCAAUUCCGUGCCUAGGAUUUUGCAAGGGAACAGUUCACUGACUAGGAAAAGCACUACAUUUUAAAUUCAGCAUUAGUGCGUUGGGAAGGAUCUUUACCGCUUUGUGCUUGGCAUGUCAUUAUUUUCCAUUUGACAUUAGGGCCUUUCCAAAAUGAAUGUGAGGAAUUGCUUUCACUUCAAGACUUUCCUUCUUUUCAGUAAAACUCUAGGAGGUGUUUCCAGGGGAGGGAAGGGAGACAAAAUCCUUGAACCUUUUAUUUGGCUCAUGCCGUAUUAUGAUCAUGUACCUUUUAAAUAAGGGGAAAUAGUAUCUUUAAAAUUAAUGUCUAGCCAAGAGUUUAGUAACAAAGAAUUAAAUUGCACUGUUGAUCGGUGCUUUGUGUAAAUACAUCUUAACAUUUGGGUAGAGAGGGGCCUUAAGAAGGACAGUUUGUUGUAGGAAAGCAAUUCUGUACAUGAGUUUCAGCAUACUUGUUGCAUUGUCUCUGCAGAUUCUAUUUUUGUUUACAAUAUUAAAAUGUAUGUUAGCAAAAUGGGUGGAUUUUCAAAUAAAAUGCAGCUUCCACAAAACUUUCGUUAUUGUAUUCUGGUCUGAGGUACAUUUUCUUUUCCUUUUUUAUUAUCAUCAGUAUCAUCAUUUUUUGCUAACAAAAGUAUAACCAGGUGAUUAUAUUUGCUGAUUUAAUAAAAUGUAAAAUUUAUUUUAGUUUUAUCGAAAUUUCCAAAAAGAUUUAUCUUUGCUCUUUUUGUUACCUUCUAGAUUCUUAUUGUUAAACUGAACUACUUACCAAAAUUGUUCACUUUUGUCUUUUGGUCAGCUGCCUUCAUUCAGGUAAGUUUAAGGGAGAAAAUGCUUUUGUGUUUGACACAUUGGUACAUAUGAUUAUGUCUGCCAAAGAAACCAUUGAUUGUAUCUUGUUGCAUAUUGAAUGGUAAUUAGUAUUCACAGUACAUGAUAGAGGGAUUAAAAGCUUUGCAUUGAUAAAUGUCUGCAUAAUAUUUGCCAUUGUUCGAAAAAUUAUAUAGUCUUUAGCCAAUAUGCUUUGUUAAUUUUAUCAGUUUUUAAGUUUCACUAUUAUUAAACAUUUUUAUAUAAAUUGGGA